UUGAUAUUGAUAUAAUUAUUUAUUUAUAUAUAUAUAUAUAUAUUAUUAAGGUAGCGAAGCCCAAAAAAAAAAAGAAAAAGAAGGAAAGGAAAUAUUUGUAAUUUCUUAGUUUGUUGUUUUAGUGCUCUCUUUCACACUCUUCGAUCUCAGCGGCUUCUAGGGUUUCCAGAGUGAACCAGGUUAGUUCUAGGAGUUUCCAGAGCUUCUUCUACCAGCUGGUUUGAGAUGGAAGAGGUGGAAGAAGCCACCAGAGCUGCUGUAGAGAGGAGCCACAGAGUGCUCAACCUGCUGUCCCAAUCCCAAGACCAACUCCUCCCUUACAGAAAUCUAAGAGCAGAAACAGAGGAAGCUGUUUCCAGGUUCAGAAGAGUUGCUUCCUUACUUGGUAAUGAUGGUGUGGUGGGUCAUGCAAGGGUUAGGAGGGUGAAGAAUCCUCUCCCCUCUUUCAACCAUAAGCUCUUCUUAGAGAGCCCCAUGCCAUCCAGACCAAUCCCUUCUCCCAUGCCUCUCCAGCUUCUCCCUAGAAAUAGUGUCGAGAACCCGGUAAAAGAGCUUGUUCCUACCGCGAAGUUCCCUUCUCAAAGGAUGUAUUUAUUAGAGAACCCGUCGGUAUUGGAAAUGGCUCCGCCUGUUGCCCACCGCCUCCACCUCAAUCAGAUGUUUCAGCUUGAGCAGCAGCAGCAGCAGCAGCAGCAGCAGAAGAGAUUACAGAGUGAAAUGCUUAGGAGGAGCAACAGCGGCAUAAACAUAAAGUUCGACAGCUCUAAUUGCACGGUGGCAACCGCGUCGUCCUCAAAGUCCUUCUUAUCAUCGUUGAGUAUGGACGGAAGCAUCGCGAGCUUGGACGGGAAGCCAUUUCAGACGCCGUUUCAGCUUAUCAGCGGGUCGCAGUCGUCCAACACGAUGGAUAUGCACUUGCCUCCGAAAAGGAGGUGCCUCGGAAAAGGGCAAGAUGGGAGCGGGAGAUGCGCGAGCGGAGCAAAGUGUCAUUGCUCGAAGAAGAGGAAGCUAAGAGUGAAGAGAUCUAUUAAGGUUCCUGCUAUUAGUAAUAAGCUUGCUGAUAUACCUGCGGACGAGUACUCGUGGAGGAAAUAUGGGCAGAAGCCAAUUAAGGGUUCUCCACAUCCUAGGGGAUACUACAAAUGUAGCAGUGUGAGAGGUUGCCCUGCGAGAAAGCAUGUGGAGAGGUGUGUGGACGAGCCCUCGAUGCUAAUUGUUACUUACGAAGGCGAGCACAACCAUGGAAAAUUACUCAAUCAGCCUGCCUAAAUUUCUAUAUUCGGAUCGCCUCGUCUUAUUCUCGAAGCCUCAGAUUUGAAUUUUGUUGUAAAUAUUCUUCUAUGGUUGAGAAAUACUGGGUUGGUUUCGUAGCUUUCUUUCUUAAUUACCAUAAAAAAAAAUGGAGAAAAGGGAGAACGUUGCGAGUUGUUGAUGCCACUGUGUGUAGGAUUAGGAACUUCAUUAACUUUAUCAAUUUGGGUUUUGAUUUUAACUUAAUUAGUUAGAGGAGCGUCUUACAGAGAGGUAGGCUGCUGCUGACUGAAACAAUGCGUGUAAAAUUAGAAAAUGAAUGGUUGUAAUAUUAAUUUGAAUGUCAUUUUAACUCUUA